UUUAUACCAACUCUCAUGUAUUCCAAAAGGUGUCUCUGCCAUGUGGAACCAGAGAAUCUAACAGGUCCAUUGGAAUUUUUCCUUCUGGGGUUCUCAGAUGAUCCAGAACUGCAGCCUCUAAUAUUCAGCCUGUUUCUGUCCAUGUACCUGGUCACUAUGUUGGGGAACCUGCUCAUCAUCCUGGCCAUCAGCUCUGACUCCCACCUGUACACCCCCAUGUACUUCUUUCUCUCCAACCUGUCCAUAGCUGACAUUGGCUUUAUUUCUACAACUGUCCCAAAGGUGAUUUUGGACAUUCAAAGUCAUAGCAGAGUCAUCUCCUAUGCUGCCUGCCUGAUUCAGUUGUCUUUUUUCAAUUUUUUUGGAUGUUUGGACAGUGCACUCCUAACUGUGAUGGCCUAUGAUAGGUUUGUGGCUAUUUGUUAUCCCCUGCACUACUCAGUCAUCAUGAACCCACACCGCUGUAGCCUGCUGCUUCUGGGGUCUUUUGUGAUCAGCCUUUUGGACUCCCAACUGCACUGCUUGAUGAUAUCACAGCUUUCCUUUUGCACAAAUAUGGAAAUUCCUCAUUUCUUCUGUGACCCUCCUCAACUCCUCAAGCUUGCUUGUAAUGAUACUUCUACUAAUAAAAUAUUGGUCUAUUGCAUUGGGACCAUCUUUGGUGGUAUUCCAAUCUCAGGAAUUAUUUUCUCUUACUAUAAAAUUGUCUCCUCCAUUCUGAGAAUCUCAUCAUUAGGUGGAAAGUAUAAAGCCUUCUCCACCUGUGGUUCUCACCUGUCAGUUGUCCCCUUAUUUUAUGGAACAGGCCUUGUGAUGUACUUUGGCUCUGUUGUCUCACAUUUCCCCAGGAAGGCUGCAGGGGCCUCAGUGGUGUAUGCCGUGAUCACUCCUCUGCUGAACCCUUUCAUCUACAGUCUGAGGAACAGGGACAUCAAGAGGGCCUUGCAAAGGCUCCUCCACAGAACAGCCUAG